GUUUUAUUGUUUUGUUUUUUACCUUUUACUUUUGUCUAUUUUUAACCGAUAUUUUUAAAUUAUAUUUUUUAACUUGUAUUUUUUACUGUUUAGUAUUGGCAAUAUUUGUGUUUUAUAUUGAUUUUAUUCUCGACGAUGUCCAUACACUAUGUGUCUCUUGGAAAAAUAAAGAUAUUGUAUUGUAUUGUAUUGUAAACUAAAUAAAUGGUCUACAGUUGAUCUUCCUGCUCUAAAACCGGCCUGUUCUUCUGCCUCAAUCUCACUAUCUUUGUACUCGUUUUCUAUUCUGGCUUUUAUAAGUUUUACAUACACUCUGCUAUUCCUCAGUGGUUCUCGCAUUUGUUUCUGUCUCCACUCUUCCGGUACUUCAUGUUUAUCUAUGCAUGUUUGAAAUAGUUUUGUUAAAUGUUUGUAGAGUUUAUUGGUCCCAUAAUUUAUCAGUUCUCCAUAUAUUUCUCCUGGGCCUGGUGUCCUACCGUUUUUCAAAAAGCUACAGUGUUUUUUAACUUCUUCUUGCAUAACUCCUAUUGGUGAUCCUGCAGUUUUUAUGUUUCGUGUGUGAUAAUAUCCUUGGUUUUUGUUUUUCUCAUAUUUUUUAGUAAUCUCCAACUUUCUGUGUUUCUUCUGCCUCCCAGAUAUGUAUUAAUAUGCGCACAGUUUCUUUCCCAUGACUCGUUUUUUUUCUGUGCUAUUUUAUUCCGUACCUACUCUGGCUUGUGUUUUUUUAUAUAUUUCUUUGUCUUGUGUCUUAUUUGAACUAUGUCUUUCUCUAUUUUCUUGAUCCCACCAAUAAGGUGAGGGCCUUCUUCCAUUUUUUUCGUUGCCUAGGGCUUCAAAUGCUGCACUGUGAAUACUCUCUUUGGGUAAUGCAUUUCACUGUUUUGGAAGUUCAUACUACCCUGUAAUUUUUGAUCCAAUCUCUUCAUGUACAACCCCUUUACGCUUUGCUCUUCUAGAGAUUUUAGGUUGUAUUUCUCAGGCACAAUAUUGCCUUCUUGUUUUUUCAUUCCGUUUUCUUUUGCGUUGUUUAUGCCCGGGAUAAAGAUUUUUGUUUUCUAUUUAAGAAUUUAUAAAUCACUUUUCUAUGACUGAGUGCGACACGAGCUUUUAAAACGGUGGCGCACCAACAGCACUCAGUGCAACACUCUAGUGCAUUGCUUUCCCAAUGAAAUACAGAAGUGCAGCGCGGACUCUGCCAAUGGAUCACGAAUAUUGCACCAGUGUUGCACUUGCUCUACCAUUGACACAAAGCUAAUAAACAGUCUUGUUGUCGUCCAAAAAAGCUUUUCUGAGAUAAUUUUGUCUUGACUUAAAGCACUGCUCAUUUCAAUGAAUUUGCCUAGAAAAUUGCUCAGCAAAAGCUUGGCCUCUGCCAAACAGUGGAUUCGAAAUAAGUCUUUUGUGAGAAUUGUAGAAGUUGGCGCUCGUGAUGGUCUCCAAAAUAUACCAACCAAUAUUCCUACUGCAGUCAAAGUUGGACUCAUCAACCGGCUAUCAGAAACUGGAUUGAAGUCAAUUGAAGUUACAAGUUUUGUAAGUCCAAAAUGGGUCCCACAAAUGGCAGACAAUACAAGAGUGUUUCAAGAAAUUAUUAAAAAAAAACUCAUUUCUUAUCCUGUUUUAGUUCCCAAUUUAAAAGGUUUAGAAGAAGCUAUAAAAGUUGGUGCCAAGGAAAUUGCAGUGUUUUUAUCAGCAUCUGAAGGAUUAUCGAGAAAGAACAUCAACUGCACAAUUGACGAAAGUAUAGUGACAGUAAAAACUGUCAUCACCAAAGCUAAAGAGAGCAAUUUAAAAAUACGGGGCUACAUUUCCUGCACUGUCGGUUGUCCUUAUGAUGGGUACAUAAAACCAGCUUCAGUUGUUAAAGUAGCUGAAGCAUUGCUUAGCUAUGGUUGCUAUGAAAUAUCUUUAGGAGACACUAUAGGAGUAGGCACAAGAAUUUCUGUGGAAAAAAUGCUUGAUGAAGUUUUAAUCAUUGCUUCACCUGACAAGUUAGCUAUUCAUUGUCAUGACACAUAUGGGCAAGCUUUAGUGAACGUUUAUACAGCUCUGGAAAAAGGUUUAACAGUAGUAGACUCUUCAGUAACAGGUCUUGGAGGUUGCCCAUAUGCAAAGGGAGCCACUGGCAAUGUAGCUACAGGAGAUUUGGUUUACAUGUUGCACGGACUAGGCGCUGAAACUGGAGUAGAUUUAAAUAAACUUAUAGAAGCUGGCAGGUUCAUAUCAGAUUAUCUUGAGAGACCUCCAGCGUCUAGGGUUAAUAAUGCUAUGUUUUCGAAAAUGAAGUAA